AUGAAAAUUUAUCUCAUCUUAAUUCUCCUUUCCAUCGUAAGCAGUGUUUUAGGAGAAAUUCAUGAUAAUUCUAGCUUAACAAAUGGAACCAUUUCUGUGAAGAAGAGAUAUCGACGGUAUUUGGGAUUCCUUAAAAGUGGAAAAGUUUUUUUUCGUGUUAACAUGAAAGACAAUGUCAUAAAAUUAAAUCAACUUUGGGCACACGGAUGGGGAUUUCGGCAGAACUACGACAUCAACUGGCCAUUCCCUUCAAGUUACAAAGUUCGUCGACGCGACGUUCAUGAUACUGUUGAAACUUUUAUGGAAGGACUGGGAUUCAAUGGUCGUGCCUGCCUAAGAAGGUCUGUUUGCGAAGCUAGAGACAUUGAUAUGGAAGAAAGUGGAAUUUUUCGGAAAUUAUUCAAGAAAGUCUUCAGUGCCCCAUCACCGUGGACUGUUGAUUUAAGAGAACAUUCCUACAUGAUUCCAACAUCUUGCGAGGAAAUGCGUCAGUCGUGUCCUAUAAAUUUCUUAGAUUUGUCCCCAUAUACUGAUUUGUGA